CCAGGGCCGGGCAGCAUGGUGUGGAUUCAGAGGAGGAAGCUUUUGGCAUCUUGCCUAUGCAUCACAGCCUCCGUCUUUCUGCUUGUCACACUCCAGGUAGUGGUUGAACUGGGAAAAUUUGAAAGGAAGAAGUUUAAAAAUUCCGAUUUACCAGAUGGACAGGCAAAGAUGGAAGAGGAGUCUGCGCAUCUCUAUCCACUGCCUAGGAAAGAAGCACUGACCUUGAAUAGGAAAACCCAACUGGAAACUGAUAGCUACCCCAUCAUGCUCUGGUGGUCCCCACUGACCGGGGAGACUGGAAGGCUCGGCCAGUGCGGGACAGAUGCGUGUUUCUUCACCAUCAACCGGACCUUCCUACAUCAUCCCAUGACCAAAGCAUUCCUCUUCUAUGGCACUGACUUUAAUAUAGAUAGCUUACCUUUGCCUCGGAAAGCCCAUCACGACUGGGCCCUUUUUCACGAAGAGUCUCCGAAAAACAAUUAUAAGCUCUUCCACAAGCCAGUCAUCACCUUGUUCAACUACACUGCCACGUUCAGCCGCCAUUCCCACUUGCCCCUGACCACCCAGUACUUGGAGGGCGUAGAAGUCCUGAAGUCACUCCGAUACCUGGUCCCUUUGAGGUCCAAAAACAACCUUCGAAGAAGACUUGCUCCACUGGUGUAUGUCCAGUCAGACUGUGACCCGCCGUCAGACAGGGACAGCUAUGUUCGAGAGCUGAUGACUUACAUCGAGGUCGAUUCCUACGGUGAGUGUUUACGAAACAAAGAUCUCCCUCAGCAGCUGAAAAAUCCAGCCUCUAUGGAUGCCGAAGGCUUUUAUAGGAUCAUCGCACAGUAUAAGUUUAUCCUUGCCUUCGAGAACGCAGUGUGUGACGACUACAUCACUGAGAAGUUCUGGAGACCUCUGAAACUGGGGGUGGUCCCUGUGUAUUAUGGGUCCCCCAGCAUUGCAGACUGGCUCCCGAGUAAUAGAAGUGCUAUUCUCGUAUCAGAAUUUGCUCACCCUAGAGAACUAGCAAGUUACAUCAGACAACUGGAUCAUGAUGACAGACUAUACGAGGCUUACAUAGAAUGGAAGCUGAAGGGUGAGGUGUCCAAUCGGCGACUUCUCGCAGCGCUCAGGGAACGGAAAUGGGGAGUGCAAGAUGUCCACCAGGACAACUACAUCGAUGCAUUUGAGUGUAUGGUGUGCAGCAAGGUGUGGGAUAAUAUCCGGCUUCUGGAAAAGGGUUUACCACCCAAAAGAUGGAAGGCUGACGUGACACACCUGAGUUGCCCAGAACCUGCGGUGUUUGCUUUCUCACCUGUGGCUCCACGUUGGAGCUCUUUGCAGGACAUGUGGAUACCAAGCUUUGAGCAAUCCAAGAAAGAAGCCCAGGCACUAAGGUGGCUGGUUGAUAGGAAUAAAAAUUUUUCAGCUCAAGAGUUUUGGGCCCUGGUAUUCAAGGACUAA